AUGGUCUCCUUCGGCGUGCUUGGGACGUCGACGGCUGUUGUUCUGGCAGCACUGCUCUUCUCGAGGUCGAGGUUCAAUCCUACUCCCUAUCCUGACAGGCUCGCCGUCAUAAAGGAAGAAGAUACUCGUAUCGACAACCAUCUAUAUGAUGAUGUUUCUUGGUGGGAUGAGGAAGAGAUCGUCUACACUCUGAGGAAGACCAACGUCAUUCGCUGUCCUUUUUUCCAUCGUCAUCUCUCCAAAGGCGGGAAGAUCCCUUCUAAAGGAAGAUACUUGGACGUGGGUUGUGGUGGCGGUCUCUUGACUGAAGAUAUGGCAUCAACUUACGGUUAUAAUAUCACCGGUAUAGAUAUCAGUGAGGCAUCCCUGCGACAAGCGCGAGAGCAUGGACGCCAUAUUCCCAAUCUACACUAUCAAGUUGGAUCGGCAUACGAUAUACCAUUUCCUGAUGACUCCUUCGAUGGUGUUAUCAUAUCCGAAGUAUUGGACCACUUGAUGGAUCUGCGGAAGGCUAUCCAGGAGAUCUAUCGUGUCCUCAAGCCAGGCGGGGUUGUCGUAUUCGACACUAUAUCGAGGAACUUCAAGAGCUACCUUUUAGUGUGGUUGAUUGCUCAAGAGAUCCUCCAGGUCAUGUACAACGAUACCCAUGACUGGAGACUCUUCAUCACUCCCGAAGAGAUGGAGCGUCUGCUGAGUGAGACUGGAUUCGUCGUAGGUUCGCCGAAGGAAGAGUGGAUUGGGAUGGACUAUGAAGACAUCCCUUUCAGGCUUGCUCGCUAUAUCCUCGGCGGUAUGAAGCAGAAGCAUCAAGUCUUUGAGGGUAACCCAGUGGAACUGCCGGGAGAUCUGAGUAUGAUCUAUGGCGGAGUAGCCAGGAAACCUCAAGAUAGCUACUAG